AAGCGCGGCCCCGCGAGCAGUUGCGGCGGGAGAGCGGCGGGCGGAGAGCGUGACUCGUCCGCUCCGGCGCUGCCUGCUUCCCCGCCGCCGCCUCCCGCCGCCGAGCGCAGCCAUGUCCGAGGAGAAGCCCAAGGAGGGCGUGAAGACCGAAAACGACCACAUCAACCUCAAGGUGGCCGGGCAGGACGGCUCCGUGGUCCAGUUCAAGAUCAAGAGACACACCCCACUGAGCAAGCUGAUGAAGGCGUACUGCGAGAGGCAGGGCUUGUCAAUGAGGCAGAUCAGGUUCAGGUUUGACGGACAGCCGAUCAACGAGACAGACACCCCCGCGCAGCUGGAGAUGGAGGACGAAGACACCAUUGACGUGUUCCAGCAGCAGACGGGAGGCUCACCUGAGAGCGGCUGUGUCUAGGGCGCCCCUCUACAGGGACU